GCUUCAGUGUUUGCUCAUAGUUAGACAAUCAGCUCUUUAUCCUUGUAUUUCUUCUUCUAUGAAUUUCUCAUGAGCCUGCAGGCGAAAAAGGCCGCACCAUGUCUGAAGAGCUUCAGGAUGAGCUUGAGGCCAUCAAUUCGAUAUAUGGCGAAGGUUGCUUGGCACCGUCGAGCGAAGCCAAUGUGUAUGUUUUAUCACCACCCGGAGAAUCAUCCUCCCUUCGUAUCGAAUUUCCCCCUACCUAUCCCGCAGUACCUCCAAUUGUUCUAGGUACUAAUAGUACUGGCGAGCACGGAAAGCGUGGCGAUGCAGCCCGGGAAUUAUCUCUGUUCUGCCAGGCAGUGAGCACGGUUUACCAACCAGGGACUGUCUGCCUCUUCGAUGCAAUCGAGGAAUUAACUCGGCUUCUAGAGUCCGAGAUUCCAGAGGAACCCCAACACGAGGAUACUUCCAAUGAAGAUGACGCAGAUCCUCAACUCCCCGCUAAAUCCGCAACAGAUUCCAAGCAGAUCAGCGUGCGAGAACCUCCCUGGAUUAUGUCAGAUGUAUUUGUUGAGUUGAAGUCGACUUUUGUAGCUCGAUGCGCUCAGGUGUCAUCGACUGAGGAAGCCGAGGCGUUUGUCCAGCACCUUCUCUCCACUGACAAGAAAGUCCGAAGUGCUACGCACAAUAUCACAGCAUGGCGCAUAAAGGGCCCGAAUGGUACUACGUUUCAAGAUUGCGAUGAUGACGGCGAGACUGCCGCUGGUGGCCGGGUCCUGCACCUUAUGCAGUUGAUGGACCUCUGGAACGUGAUGGUAAUUGUUACCCGAUGGUACGGGGGACAUAAACUUGGUCCUCGCCGGUUUGCCCUGAUCAACCAAACCGCCAGAGAUGCAUUUGUUAAAGCUGGCCUGGUUUCUGAAAAUCCUAACAAGAAGAAAGGACCGGGAAAGAGUUAAGAGUUAAAGACACACGUGACGGUGCCAAGUAAACGCCUUGUCACACUGUGAUUUGCACAGAUGCCUCGGUUCUCCGCGCAUUUUUAUAUGCUUGAUCUCUUCCGUCCAUCAACGGGUUUCUUCUCGCCCAACGUCUCGCGGU